AAACUUGAAACAUCGUUUGGGAAAGCGAUAUCAGUCCAGGCGGAACCGGCUUCGGGGUCGGAGAUGAUGAGGAGAGCCCGCGAUGACGGAUUGUUGUUCGCCAAGUGAUGAUGAUUAAUUCGGUGUGAUCGUCAUAAUCAUGUCGUGCUUUACCGUGAAUAAACUGAAAGAGGUGGUGGGAGCCAAGUCCUUCUUGACCGCAGUCAAGGCUAGUCCGUCACCCAAACGAAAAGCUGGGGGUGGUAAGAAGAGCGAUGCGUGCAAAGAGAGCUCUACCACUAACACGGACUUUGUAUACCAUAAGAGCCCGCAAACGGUGACCAAACGGAACCAGGAACAGGUUUUUGCCGGUUCCCCUGUCCCAUCAAUUCACCAGUCUAACGAAUGGGAUGUUGUAAGCCUUAAUCCAUCUUCAUUAGAGACGUUAUCACAUCUCAGAGACGAAAACCAAGAGCUGUCGCAUCGGAUUUAUCAAAUCGUGGAGGAGAGAGACUACUUCGAAAAUAGUCUCAGCAAAGUUCAACUGGAGAAACUCCGCUUGAUGAAGGAGCGUGAUGAUCUGUUGGAUAAGCAAUCUGGUCGUUACGAGGAACGUCUCGUGGAAUUGCAUUCCGUUAUCGCUGAAUUAACCCGUCAAUUAGAGGAGAAAACGAGGGAACACAUUCCGGAAGAGAGCGAUGAGGAGGAAAAUUCCACAUCCUUGGCCUCAACAUCGCCCCAUGAUCAAUCCAAAACCGUCAGUGACCUGGCUUCUGGAACGAGCACCGAUAUCAUCGACGCUCAAGCAGUAGAGGCUGGAAAGAGGUUAGUGGAACAGUACGGACUCGACCAUCCGGAUUUGGCCUUGUUCCGACUGACUUCAUCUUGCCACGCCUCCACUAAUAGCCUGCAAAUGUUGGCCAUUCAAGAGGAGUUAUCGGACGCAAAGGACAGGAACAUUCAGCUCACGGCUCGCCUUCAGCAACGUGAAUCCGAUCUCUCUCUUGUGGGAAAGCAAUUGGAAGAGGUCACCCUCGAGAAGGAGAGAUUGAGGAACCAGGUCAAGGAGUUCCAGAAUCAGGUGGCUCUUCUACCCCCUUGUGUGCCAAUCUCAGUGGGAAACAAAGGCGGAGAAAGAGCCCCUCGAGGUCAGGACUCGCCAGAUGCGGUCGAGACCUCGGAGGCCAAAAUGGCCGAGAAGAAAAAGAUCAAGCGCCUCGAAUGUCAGCCUCUCCGACCGCUUCAGCUUCAAUCGUCUGUGAAGGAGAACUGUGAAGGUCUGAGGUUCUCUUCCGAUGAUGAAUCGCAACCCAAGGUGACUGGAUUGGAGCUCGUGAGGAAUGGGAUUUCUAAUAAGAUCGUGGCCGAGCACUUGGCUAAGGACAUUCAAGACAGCUCGUCCAUGAACGAGUUGAGCCAUUCCUUCUUCGACCCGUCCUUCUUCCAGUCAGGUUUCAUGGAAGCGAAGAUGAGGGAAUUCGAGAUUGAAAUGGAACGUCUGAGUAGUCGAAUGGAGAGCCUCAAAGCUCAAAACGAGGUGCUCAAUCUCACGCUGGCCGAGGCCAAAAAUAACAGCGACAACCUGACCGUUCUCAUCGGACGAUACGAGUCCAACAAUACCGCUCAGAAUCUGGCAGCCACAUACGCCGAUCACGUGAUCGAGAGCCUUGAAGUAUUAAACAUCCUGAUCGAGACUGAAAUGGGCAUCCUAUUGGCCAACUGCAAGAUGUCCGGAUUGGACGAUCUCGUCAGCGCCGGAGAUUUGGAGGCUUCUCCCGAAGAGCUCCUCGAGAGGGCCAGAUCAAAUCGGAAAGAUGCUGAACAAACAGCCAGAUUACUUCUUCAGCGAUUAGAAUCCGUUUUGAGACCAGAUUCCGGCCUGGAAAUACCCUAUCCCCCACCUCCUCCACCCAUUGAUGCUCACGCUCUUCAAUGGGAAGAUUCCUCAGGAUACAGCCAAGCCACAAGCUCGGCCUCCACGUCCUUGGAUCAUAAGUCCAUGCCCCUCAUUCCCUUGGGCUAUGGCACAUUGAGUGUGUACGAUCCGGAACGAGAGCACCGUCCGGAAGAUUUCCAUCUCCGAGAAGUCAUCGCCGAGUUAAAGCACAAACGAUCCUCCAUUCGAUCCACUAUCACCAAGUUGGAAUUCUCCCAUCCAGAUAACCAGGAACCCGAGCACACGGAACCAAGGUCCACUAUCACGGCCAAACUGGCUGCGGCCCGAACAGCGGACUUGGAAAUGGCCGUGCUGGUUCAAGAGCUGAUGACGAUGAGAGAGGAACGAUCGGAUGUUCGAGCCCAAGUUUACUUCUUGGAAAGAGAGAAUCAAAGUUUGAAAUUGGUGAUCAAUUCCCAUCAAGAGCAAGAAGGGAUCCUCCGAAGCCACAUUCGUCACUUGGAGACCGAAUUGGACGCUCAGGAUAUUUCUUUGAAUGAAUUGACUCAGAGUGAUUUUCAUCAAUUACGAACGGACAUGCGAUGUCGAAUCACCGAGUUAUUGCAAUCCUUGGAAAAAGUCAAACGUAAUUCAGAGCUUCGACAACAUCAACAGGACGAGGUCAUUGCAGACUUGAAGCGAUCAAAUGCGACGUUAUUCGAAUCGUUGGAAAGGACCCGAAAGAAGUAUCAAAGCAAAAUGAAGCGCAUGGAGCGACAAAUUCUUCAAUCUUUUAUCCCGAAAGAGUUGAUGUCCAACAAUUGUGAUAUCCAAUCUCAACCCGGAAGUAUCUACUCUAGUCUUUCAACCGAGACGGAUCAAACCUCAGACUAAUCAUGCAAAGAGCUUAGAUGAUUCUUGGCAUUCGCUUUCACUUUUAUAACCAACUCAUUUAUAUCAAUUAUCAAUUAAAUAUUAGAUAAUAUCGA